AUGGCGCCAGAUAAGUCUUCGGGUCCGGACGGAUUUAAUCCCGCUUUCUACCAACAUUUCUGGAGUGAGAUUGGUGCUGAGGUCUCUCAUUAUGUGCUUACAUGCAUCAGACAGUGCAAUAUUCUGGUUGGUAUUAAUGAUGCGCAUAUUACUUUGAUACCCAAGAAGUCACCACCAGAGUGUAUGGGUGACCUACGUCCCAUUGCACUAUGUAAUGUAAUAUACAAGGUUAUUGCGAAAAUGCUGGCAACCCGGUUGCAAAGUAUUAUUGGAGAUAUAAUCUCAGACACGCAGAGUGUUUUCAUCCCCGGGAGGUUGAUCACGGAUAAUGUCCUUAUUGCGUCAGAGGUGUUGCACUUCCUUAAACACAAACAGUUUGGAAAUUAUGGGUGGUCUGCUCUUAAACUAGAUAUGGCUAAGGCGUACGACCGGAUGGAGUGGUCUUAUUUACAAGAGAUUAUGAGCCGUAUGGGGUUUGCUGAAGAAUGGAUUAAUCUUGUUAUGAUGUGUGUGACUACUGCACAUUAUCGGGUUAUAGUCAAUGGUGAGCUAUCUGAUUUAAUUAUUCCUACGCGAGGGCUUCGGCAGGGUGAUCCUUUAUCACCUUAUUUGUUUAUCAUAUGUGCUGAAGCUACAGUUGAGGAAGCCAUGGUGGUUAAGAACUGUCUGCUUGAGUAUGAACGUAUGUCGGGUCAAGCAGUGAAUUUCUCCAAAUCAUGCAUUAUCUUUAGUAGGAAUGUGGGAGUGCAAACUGGCAAUGCAGUAGCGGCUACCUUUGGAAUGCACAGAUCCGAUUCUUCGGGUAAAUAUUUGGGGUUGCCGCUUGGUAUUGGGAGAAACAAGAAAGAGGUUUUUCGCUAUAUUGAGACUAAGUUGCAGCAACGCUUCCGGGGAUGGAAUAACAAAAUUCUCUCAAGAGCAGGUAAGGAGGUUCUGCUUAAAAGUAUUGCUCAAUCUCUCCCUACUUAUACUAUGAGUAUGUAUUAUCUUCCUAUUACCUUUUGUGAAUCUUUGGAAAGGCUCAUGAAUCGGUUCUGGUGGAACGCGAAAGGUGCUGGAAGGAAAGGGGCCAAUCCAAGCUAUUGUUCGCGGUCAAUCUUGGCGGGGCAGGCGAUCCUAAAACAGGGUUCCUUUCGCCGCAUUGGCAAUGGUCGGCAGACGCGUAUAUGGGGAGACCCUUGGAUGCCGGAUGUCGAAAACCUAUAUCCUCUUACUUCAAGAUCAGAACAUCAUGGUUCGGCGAUGGUUUCCGCCCUUAUUGAUUCGGUCAGUGCUAGUUGGGAUAUUCCGUUACUCAAUGAAUUAUUUUGUGCUAGAGAUGUCGAUUUAAUUGUGCAGCUGCCAGUUUCGCCUGAGUAUGAGGGUAAAUGGUGUUGGCGUGGUGAUCUGCGUGGCAUAUUUUCGGUUAAGCAAGGCUAUCGUUUACCAAUGGGGAACACAGAUAAUGGUAACUCGUCAUUUACAGCUUGGGGGUCCAUAUGGUCACUUCGGAUUCCACCCAAGUUCCUCAAUUUUUUAUGGCGGUGUGGACGGGCAAUUCUUCCGGUACGAACUAAUCUAACCAGUCGUGGUAUCCCUAUUGAUCAUACGUGCCCUUUAUGUCAGUUAUACCCUGAAACUGUGUUGCAUCUUAUGAGAGAUUGCCCUUACACUCGUGAUUUGUGGAAUGAUGUACCGCCCAUUAUAACUAGCGCCAAUUCUGAUUCACUGGAAGAAUGGUUGGCUGGUUGGCUAGGAGCUAAGGACACUGAAGUUAAGCAUGUUUUUGUAGCUCGUUGCUGGACGGUGUGGAAGGCUAUGAAUGAUUUUGUUUGGAGUCACAUUCCAUGGUCUCUGGAAGGGGUGAUGGCGCAGGUUAAUAAUCUUUUGGAAAGUUGGCAGACUACCAACUCCAGCACCACUCAUGUGCAUGUGAAUGGACCGACAAUUGUGGAUAAUGGUGUCACGCCUCAAGCCUUAUACUUCAUUAAUGUAGAUGCUACUAUCUUCGCUGAAAGGAAUGAGGGUGGGGUGGCAGCGGUGGUUCACGAUAGGCAGGGGACAUUUAUAGCGGGUCGGAAUAAAACGGUACGAUGUCUUCAAGAUCCACACCUUGCGGAGGCGAUGGGUAUAAAAGAGGCGUUAUCCUGUGCAAUGGAGUGCGGGUGGCGAAAUCUGGUGAUCUUGUCAGAUUGUCAGUUGGUUUGUUCUUCCUUGAGGUCCUCGGCUCUUUAUAACUCUUAUGCGGGUUGUGUCCUCAAUGAUUGCUUUAGUCUAAAACGGCAGUUUGAUUAUGUGUCGUUUCGUUUUAUCUAUAGAUCAGCGAAUAAGAUUGCUCAUGUGUUGGCACGUGAUGCUUCUUCACUGUCUGGUCCUCGUAGUUGGUUUUCAGAUUAUCCUUUAUGUAUUCAGUAG